AAAUGCAUCUUAAUUAUAUUAUUCCUUUUUAACCAUUUCUUAACUGUUUUAUAUUGCAACUUACAUGUCACAAUGCACAAUAGUAUAAUACUAAUUAAUCAAAUAUUAUAUAAAUAAAUAUGAAACGUAACUUCCAAGUCACCUACUAGACUAAUCAAUCACUCCUAGUUAAUAUAUCUCUUAAUUUCUUAAAUCUACAUUAUAUAUUUAAGCUUAAUAAUAUCAAUCAAUUAAAUCAAACAUGGAGAUUACAACUACUUACCUCUACUACAUAUUACCAUUAAUCUUAAUUCUCUACUUAUUCAAAUCCCACUUAUUUAGAAAAUCGCAAAAAUGGCCUCCAAGCCCUGCCACGUGUCUUCCAAUAAUUGGCCAUUUCCAUAUUUUGAAAGAACCAUUCCACCAAACCCUAGCCAACCUUGCAAACCAGUACGGUCCAGUCCUAUCUCUCCGGUUUGGUUCUCGUCCGGUUCUCCUAAUAUCAUCUCCGGCUGCGGCCGAGGAGUGCCUUUCCAAAAACGACGUCGUCUUCUGCAACCGUCCUAAUGGAUUCCUUACUGCAAAACACCUAGCCUAUGACUAUACUAGCCUUAUUUGGGCUCCAUAUGGACCUCAUUGGAGAAAUCUACGGAGGAUCGCCACCGUCGAAAUCCUCUCUUCUCACCGCCUUAAACUACUCUCCGGCAUACGGUCCGAUGAGGUAAAGCUCAUGAUCAAACGGUUGUUGUAUAAAGUUUGUGGUUCAUCAUCGGAUGUGAUCGAAAUGAAGCCGUUGGUAUAUGAUGUUUCGAUGAACGUGAUGACGAGGAUGAUAUUUGGGAAGAGAUACUAUGGUGUUGAAGAUGAGGAGGGUAAAAAGUUUAGUGAAAUGUUGGCAAAAAUGUUGAUAUUGUUUAAUGAUGCUUGUAUAGGAGAUAUGGUGCCGUGUCUUAGGUGGUUAGACCGGUGGAAAGCGAGGCGGCUAUUGAAAUUUGAGGCGGAGAGAGGGGUGGUUUUGAGGGAGUUGAUGGAGGAACAUAGGGAGAAAUUGAAGGUUGAAGGUGGAGAUGGGGAGUUGUCUAUGGUGGUUAAGCCUUUUAUCCAGGUGUUGCUUAGGCUGCAGGAGUCAGAGCCGGAGUAUUACAAGGAUGAGAUCAUUUUUUGCAUAAUUUUGGAUCUACUAAUAGGAUCAUCAGAUACAUCAUCUGAAAGCAUGGAAUGGGCAUUAUCACUAUUAGUCAACCAUCCCCAAGUUCUUAACAAGGCCAAAACUGAAAUCAAGAACCAUGUUGGUUACGAUAGAUUACUUGAAGAAUCCGAUCUGAACCACCUUCCUUAUCUACGAUGCAUCAUCAAUGAAACACUCCGAAUGUACCCGCCUGCCCCUAAUCUUGUCCCACACGAAUCAUCAAAAGAUUGUACCGUUGGAGGUUACUAUAUUCAACGUGGUACAAUGUUGCAAAUCAACUUAUGGGCAAUACAAAAUGACCCAAAGAUUUGGGAUGACCCUACAAGUUUUAGGCCUGAAAGAUUUGAAGGAGUUGAGGGUCACAAGAUAGGAUACAAAAUGAUGCCAUUUGGGUCUGGUAGAAGAAGUUGUCCUGGAGAAGGUUUGGCUAUUCGAGUUAUUGGGUUAACCAUUGGAUCUCUUAUCCAAUGUUUCGAGUUAGAGAGUAUUGAUCAUAAGCUGGUAGAUAUGACCAUAGCGUCUGGGUUUAACUUGCAGAAAGCUGAGCCAUUACGAGUUGUGGUUCGCCCAUGUCCAUCCAUGAUGAACUUACUUGAUCAAAUGUAAUCUCGUCGACAUUCAGUAGAAUGUUGAUAUUUUCCUUUUAAAUGUUUUUUUUUUUUUUUUAAUGAGGGAGAUCAAAUUUAUAUGUUUAUGAGUAUAUAUACUCCUUCAGUCCUUCCGUUUCAUAAUAGUAGGACACUUUGAUUUUUGACACUAUUAACAAAUUUCAAAUAGACUAUCGAUCAUUUGUAAUAUAUUAUGGGUAAGGUAAAAAAUAGCCGUGAGAGUUCUUGUUUGAUU